UGCUCGUCUCUCUGCCACCGCGCGCAGUCCCGCCUGCUUCUGCGCCGUUGUGCUCAGCCUCACCCACGUCUGAUCCGUUUCCUCCAUGUCGCGGCUGUUUCUCCUUACGACCAAUGCAGCCGCCAUCAAUGGUUGAAAACGGAAGCUUCAAUGCGUUCAAUCGGCCGCCACGACUUAAUUCUCCCCUCCGUGAUUCUCUCCUUCUCCCAGCUAUAAAGCGUGCUUGCCAGUCCUCAUUUCCAAAGCCCCAACACUCAAUCUCUGCUCUCCUCCUUGCACACGCUUGCACAGCCUCUAUCAUCGUGUUCUGUACGCCGCGAGCUCUGCUCCCCCUGCUCACUGCCCACACACAACAAUCGUGCUGCCACUCACGGUCGUUAGCUUGUUCGAGCUCUGCUUCCGUGCACAGCGCGAAGACGAGACCUAUUGCCCCUUGUCGGAGCUCCGCCCUUCGCUGCUGGUGCUCCUUCCUCUGCUUCCCUGCAGCGCCGUCCGCCGUCGCCGAUCUCGACGCCGUUCUUCCCCUCUCCUGUUCGACAUUGCUGCGAGAAGCUGAUUGUGUGGUAGAGGAUCCGAAUUCAUGUGAGGACGAUCCGCAGGAUACUUUUGAGCAAGAGGGUGAUGCUGGAGACUUUGAUGGAGAUUUUAUCGACGACGAAUUCUAAGUCUAACGAUGCGCCGGUCAUCUUCCUGUGGGAGAUUGCCCCUGUUAUUUAUUUCCGCUUUACUUUGAUGUGAUACUUGUUCAAGAUACAAUGAUGCAGAUGAUGUAAUAAAGUAUUAUACUCUCUCUUU